CACGCUUCCAACGUGUCUGUCCCGCUCCAGGAAGAGUCUGAUGCCGCCACCACCAACACCGUACGUACGUCGCUGUGCGUAAACCGUACCACCCCACCCCCGUGCGCGGUGCGUGCGACGACGUCGUGUAUCGUCCGCCGACGCACGCACAGAGUACCGCCGACCACCGGUUGAUACGACGACGCCGUCCGUGUGUCACACACAUUCUGCGCCGUGUCUUGCGCGCGCGCGUGCGGUUUUUGGUACGUAACUGGUCCGCGGCCGUUGGUAAUAUUUGAUAUUAAUUCGUUAUAUCGUUUCGUCGACGUCGUGCGAGUAAGUGGUUGACGUUAAUUAGAAAUAAAUACAAAAGAAAUUCCGCGGUAUUUUCCGUUUUUUUUUUUUUUUACCGUUUUCUCACCGCUACAUAACCGUUGUUCACCUGUAUUUGUUCGCUCGGUCAUUACUCCGCUUUUACAAAUAAUCCCCGCACUGGCACGAUAGCUAAUAUAUAUUUAUAUAUGUAUUACAAUUAUAAGUAUUAUAAUUGUCGUCGACGUCUUUCGAACGCUACACGAGUGAAGAAUUAUUAGUGACUGUCGUUGAAAAGUAGGAAUAUUUCCAAUCGUGUCCAGUUGAUCGACUCCGAAAUAACAACAGAACACGGUGUCGUCAUCGUCUGUAUUCCACAACAAGACUAGAGGUUGCACUACGUUCCUUUUGUCUUAUUAAGAUUUUUGCGAGGUCAUUAUGUCUUGUCAACAUUUCCAAAUCUCCGAAAAAACAAUGAUUCUAGUGAAACUGAUCAACAACGGAUGUUCAUCACCUCCCGAAUGGGCUGCUAUUGAAGUUCAAGGUGAACUCGAAUCACGUCACCAUAGUCAACUCGAAUGCCAAUACAUUGGUGACCUUUUUGCAACAAUCAAGGACAACGCGCCCAUACUUAUUAUUGGCCAUCACAUUCUCUAUGGGAAAAUGCUAACAUUCGAGAAACCAUUAGCUGUAAUGAGAAAAAAAGGAGAGACUGAAGAGUACAUAGUUGAAGCUAUAGUUACUAAAAAAUUAUUGUUUAAAGAUAGACCUAAACCCAUUAUUGCUAAUGCUAAAAAGAGUUAAUAUUUGUAUUAUUAAACUUAUGAUUCUUUCAAACAUAAAUAAAAUGUAUACUUCAUUGUAUUUCAAAAACUAAUAAAUCAAAUAUCAUUUUUAAAAUUAAUAUUUAAGUUAAUGAUCUAUUCAUUAUGUAGAAUAAUACUAGGUGUAUAUUUUUAAUAAAAUGUCAAUUGUUAAAAUGGUA